AAGAGAACGUCAGUCACUCUUCGGCGCUCGCGCGGAAGAGUUUGUGUGCGUUAACUGUUGGGGAUAUCGUUACUCCUUAUAGAGUGUUAAAUAUCUCAUAGGUGUUUCUUUAUUCAUCCCCAGCGACUUGUAUCUAAUUCAUAAUUGUUGUGAUCGAUGCGAUUGAAAACAGUGACAUAACAACGCCACGUCUGCAAGUAUUGCGGGAAAAAAGCCGGUAGGUGACGUCCGCGUGUGUCUUCAUUAGUGUAUAUGUACACGAGUUUCGUAAUAAAAGAAAGGAAUGAGAAAACCAGUGAAGAUAGAAAAUUAAUAGUGAUUGAUUUUAAAAUUUCGUGUCAUACUGACAAAGAUAGAAGAAGAAGAAGAAGAAGUAGAAGAAAAUAGAAAAAGAAAGAAAAAAGUAAUAGACAAAAGAGAAUCGAUAGAGAGUUGAAAAAAUUAGAACAAACGUAGUAAGUGAAGAACAAAAGAUAAAAAGAGAAAAAUCAAAUGAAUCGAACGAAUAUUGGAUCGUGACUCAUGCCGGCUUUGACAUUUCGUCUUUCGUGAUUGUAAGAUUUCUUGUUGUCACGUUCCACGUAUGAUGGAUGCUGUCGCGCGUGUUUCGCGACGCUAUCAAGAACAGACAGAUCGUCGAUCUGCACAAGCAACGGCUUUGCAGUGAGUUGUUUCUUUGUCAAAGAUCGUGUAGUGUGUCGCGUGCUGCUUUCUUUUCAGUGAUUGUAGCAGCAUUCCGCAAUCGUAAAACGCCGGUUGUACGAUCAAAUUCUUUUAAUAUGAGCCAGUAGGGUGCGUUGUAUAUGUGUGAAAAAGAAAGCAGUUGGCCAGUCUUUCUCUCUUCGACUAGUGGUUGCUUGUAAAUCUUUUUUCUCACUCCAUAUCGGUCUGUUGGUCAUCCUAUUACAGUGACGUCGUUGUAACCGUCGUUAGUGUUCCUUCGAUGAUAAGCACGUGUGCGUGUCACAACUUGCUACGUGUACGUGCGUGCGUAUAGUUACGAGCUGCGCAUUGGCGCAUCGGUGUAAUUAGUGAUCGGGCUACGUUAUCAUUUAAGUUCUCGUAUACGAAUAUAACAGCAUAAAGUUUUGUUAUUUGUUUAUUUGCUUGUUGGUUUAAUUUGGUUUGAAAAAAUCAGUUCUUUAUUUUGUGCUGAAACUAGUUACGAACGGAUCGCCGGCGUAACCAUGGAUAUCCUGCCGAGUGGAAACAUAUUUAGGGAAUUGCAAGAUAUACAUGAUACCGGAUAUUUUUCGGCCCAGCCAUCGCUCGAGGAUCAUUGGCAACAGACAUGCUACGAGAUGGAGAGGUACCUGAAGGACGAACCGAAACUGCAAUCGUACAAAAAGUUGCCCACAGAGUUAGAUACAGCACCCUGGAAUCUCUUCAGGCCUCCUAUUUCGUGGACAGCGACCACUGGCACCGCCAACGCACAAUUCGAAUCACCAAUCAAAAUGGAGGUGACGACGUCGUCGGAAGACAGAGAAACGCUCUGCUUGGACGAUAUUAAGUUCAGUCCUGGUGAUCACAACCACAAUGGCCGUGAUAGGGAUCUUCUGGACCGGCACCUCGAUUCCUUAUCGAUGUCGUCAUCGAGUUCGGCGUGUUCUUGGGAUAGUUCGCCUUCUGUUUCGUGCACGGCGUUCAUUCUCAAGAAAGAGCCCAGCGAGGACCUCGAAGAGGACGAGGAGCACGAGGAAAUCGAGGAGGAAGAGGACAGCGGAUGCGAAAGCGAAGGUCAAAUCCUGACACCACCAUCGAGUCCGGGCUCGGGUCAAGGUCAUUCCAACUCCAGUCACUCGUCGAGCGGGAGUUCUAUGCUCGAUGUACAGAACCUCAACCUUCACGGGACGGGUGGCAGGAGCGCUAUCGUCAGGGUUACCACUAGCAACGCACAGGGUGUCGCAAGACUGAUCUCCGUCACAGCGAAUGGCUACCCCGCAGUUGCAGGCACGCAACAUGCACAUGCAGGCACAACUGCGGCUGCGAGCACCGUGGCUAAUAGGCACCAUGCGAGGAGCCAUGAGCACAGUCCACCUGAUACGAAGCGCAGGAUACACAAAUGCCAAUUUCCGGGUUGCAAGAAGGUAUAUACCAAGAGCUCACAUCUGAAAGCUCAUCAGAGGACGCACACAGGAGAAAAGCCGUACAAGUGCAGUUGGGAGGGUUGUGAGUGGCGAUUCGCGCGUUCCGAUGAGUUAACACGCCACUACCGCAAGCACACUGGCGCGAAGCCGUUCAAGUGUCGGCACUGCGACCGAUGCUUCUCUCGCAGCGAUCACCUAGCCCUCCAUAUGAAGAGACACGUGUAAUCGAUCGUCACCGCGGACGGUCCUCAACAAACGGAACAGUCCAGGACCGGCAGGCGAACCUCCUUCCUUCUCGAAGAUUCUCGAGGUCGUCAUGCAAACACACGAUCCCCUCGUGAUCGCGUUUCUUCCAUACACACCUGACGAUCCACAUCGAAUUCGAUCAUCGACAACGUAGCCACCACCAUGUUGGCCCCAUCAUGUUGGAGUAAUAUGAUCGCAAGAUAUAGAGAUAUAUACAUUUAUAUCUAUAUAUCCCUUAUGGAUUUAAUAUUAAUAAGAGGGGAAUCGAUGAUGGGCGAGAUGAUCGAUGAGGAAUGGCCAUUUCUGUUAGUGGUCGUUCUCUGGAAAUAGGAAAGUCGAUCGAUAAAUAAACAAAACAAAUCGAUAUUAUCCGUCGUUGUAAAGGACGAAUGUAAGACAGUUCGUAGAUUGAUGGUUGCAAUUGGAAAUUGCAAUUGAAAUAAAGAAAACGUAUCUUCCUUCUUUCUCUCUUCGAGGCAAUUCCUGAAAAAGUUAACGAGACUGAAAGAAUAUCAGAUGACACUUUCUAUAACGAUACAUGCUGGCAAUGGAAAUAAUAAAUAGUGAUUAGAUGGGGAUCAGACUGGUACGAUUGAUAUAAUUAGGAAUCUCUUGGACAAGCAGGACAACAAAUCUUGUCCGAGAUGUUAAUCACUGCCAAUUCAUUAAAUUCUAAGAUCAGUGCACAUAAUAUCGGAGAUAACCGAUGAAUGCUGCCUCGAAGCUGGGAAAGAAGUCGAGUGAGAAAAAUCGUCCAACAAUGACGGUGUAUACGACGCUCACGUGAAUUCUUACAAGUCGUCUGCCUCCUAUAAAACGGUCGAAUUUUCGGAAAUUGAUUCGAAAAGAAAAAAAGCACAAAGCAAGAAGAAAAAAUAAAGAAUUAACGAAAACAAAAAAAAAAGAAAAAGAUAAAAGAAAUCGAAGGAAACAAAGAAAAAAGAAACUUAUACUUAUUGAUUCGAGAAACACCAAUUUGGCGAUGUUUCAAAGGCGUCAAUUCGAAAGUCGAGAAAACCCGGUUCGAGAGGACAAUAAUAUUCUGUCUGUCGGUGCCAAAACGUUAUUUCCUUUUCUUUUUCAUUUUUCUUUCUUUCUAUUCUUUCUUACGGACAUUUAUCACAUACACUAAUCUUCUCCUUCUCUAGUAUCCCUGAAAAUGGGGGCCACAAGAGAAAAAGCUGAUUCUAAUGGGUAAGAAAACGUACGCGACGCUUUUGAGCCUCGAAUCCUACGAGCAAUAAUAAUCGAAAAUGUAUUCGCGAGCCGGUAGAACGGUGUCACACAAGAUGCACGUGUGUGUGCCUAUUGUAAAGGGCGGCGGACGAGGACGAGCCGAUGUAAUUGAAUACGUGAUUUCGGCCAGUUUCGACGGAGGCAAACUUUACCCGUGCCGCGGCGCUAAUCCCGAAUUUACAGUGCGAAUUAUAUCGCGAGGCCGCCUCCAUUCGACUCACACGAUUCGCCGCCCUUUUGCCCUUUUCCAUCGUAACAUCGUUUCCCAUCAUUUUCCGCGAAUAAACAAGAAGGGAUUCCUUUUCAAUACCGAGAAUUCGACCGUUUUACCGAUCGAUAAAUAAUUCACGAAUGAUUUUUAAGGAAGAAAGAGAAAACCGCUUAUAUUAUACACAAAAAAAAAAAGAAAGAAAGAAAAAAAAGAAGAACCUUUGGUAGAGACAAGGCGUCGAGAAUUAUCUUUUUUCCUUAAAAAAUAAUUCGACCGAACACGGGGCUUCUUUCGUAGUAACGCGCGUAAUAUGGUUUUUAAUGAAAAUAAGGGGAAUAAGAAUAAUAAAAAAUAAAUAAAUAAGAUAUAUACGGGAAUCUGACUUUGUACUUUUGUACGAUUGCUUUCUAGGUAACGUUCUCAUCUUUGUUUCACGCGUGACUGCGCGCCGCAGGAGCGGGGGUGGCGAGAUGUCCCGACGUGGCGGGCAAGAUUCUAUGUCGGAGGCUCAACAGAAAUAAAUAAUAUAUAUAUUUUUUAAUAUUCUCGUCUUACUUACCAAAACAAUAUAUUAUUAUACAUAAGGGAUUAUACAAAGUAUAAAACGGGCAACAUUCCGCACAAAGCUCUAGAACCGUUUCCACGCGUCGACCCGUCGGGCACGCCACUCCCUCUUAUACGCGCGCAAAACCAUGGACGGCAGACGACCACGAAUCGUUCACGACUAUUAUUAUUAUACAUGAGUGUGUGAGUGUGUGUGCCUCUUGGGAACGCAACGAACUUCCGGUCGACGUGCAUCGUUGUCUCGCUAAUCAUCGAUUAUCCAACCGAGGACAAGCCUGAAUCGAAAUCACGUAGGGAAAUAACAAUAAUGGGAUAAAUAAAAUGAAGGAAAGAAGAAAUAAGAGAAAUAAAGAGAUAAAAAAAAGAGAAGAGAAAAUUAGAGGGAUACGUUAAAUGAAAAUGAAGUGUCAACGAGGAAUGGUAACGAGAGAAAAAGAAAGAGAUAGUGGUUAUCUGGAUAAUAUGUUGUAUCCAUGGACUGAAACGAAUUGAAGGAUCGUAGAUCGCUCAUCGAACGAAUGGUGAACAAAAUAAUAGAGUAGUAAAAACAGAGAAAAAUAAAAAAAAGAUAAAUAGAAUAAUAACGUAAUAUUAAUUACGAUUAAAUUACAAAAGGAUAAGAGAAGCAGAACAAAUGGAAGAAAGGAGUUUUACUGUUUAAGAAGACUAAUCUUUACCUGAGAGCGCGGGAACGGCCUGCAAGAACAGCCGAGUUGCGGGCGAAACACGAAGAUUUAAAGAAUAAAGAUGGGAAAAAAGGAAGAAAGAAAAAGAAAAAAAAAGAAACUAAAUUUUAAAUGUUCAGUGGCCAAAUAAAUUAACUGAUAACGCACGUAGAACGUAAAGAUAAACCGUACCUACCAAGUAAGCCUGACUGACAUGAAAGCGUCGACGCGAUUUGCGCGCGUGUAGCUGCGUGUGAAUGUGAGCGUGUUAAUUCAAUGUCUGUGGCACCUGUGUAAUUUCUUCUUUUUCUCUAUAUAAUAUUUCUUUUUAUCUCUUUUAUUUGCGUAAAUUUUGCAUAAGUGCAGAUUGAAGUGUAUGGAUGAUCGUAUUCUUUUUCUUCCCCGCGAGAUAAAAAUGCGUUCCAAAAAUAAAAAAAUUGAUUUUUAAGAAUUAUAAUAAAAAGAGUUAAGAUGGGUUAAGGUUUUUGAAAAGAAUAUACAUACAAAUAGAUGGAAAGGCAAAGAGAGAGAGAGAGAGAGAGAGAGAGAGAGAGAGAUAGAAAAAGGAAGAAAGAAAAAAAGAUAGCGAAUUUAGCACCGGGGAGAAAGCAAAAGAAAAAGAGAAAAAGUAUGCGUGUGAGGGAGAGAGGUAAAUAGUUUGAGAGAGAAAGAGAAAGAGAGAGAGAGAAAGCGAGAGAAAAAGAGAAAAAGAGAGAGAGAGAGAGAGAAAGAGAGAGAGAGAGCAAAACAUUAAGUUUGUAUAUUGUGCAAUUUUUGUCAGUGUUUCAUUAUUUGUUACCAUGUUCACGGAUAAUUAUAAAUAAAGUAAAUAUAUAUAUGCAGCAUUUACAAGGACUUAGGAUAACGAAGAUAAACGAGAAGCCAGAUGUCUUUUUGAUAGCCAUAUACUGCGAGGUAUCGUGCGGCGCCCCAAAAAACAAAGGACGCCCCCGACCGCUCUUUUUUCUCGACAAACUUUUUUCUUUUCUUUGUAAAUGGUAGGCGAAAAUGAUAAGAACGAGGAUACGAGGAAAAAAAAAAAAAAGAAAAAAAAACGGUGCUCGUUACACAGUUUCACGACACUCUUCUCUCGUUAAAACGACAAGAAACUGUCGUUGCGCGAAUCCCCGGCGACCAAAAACGAGCCCGCGUUUCGCUCGAUUGUCCCGUUCCUCGAGAAAUCGGCAAAUCUUGGAGCUAUAUAUUUAUGCGAUCUUUUUCUCUCUUCGUGACUGCUUUCGUAUAUUUUCGUGCGAUCCGAGUGAACCGAUCGUCGAGGAGCCGGUCGACAACGAAAUUGAUCAUGAAGAGUAGAGGAGGGGAGAAAUGAGAAAUGUGGAGAAAGGAUAGGAACAAUCGAGUUGCAAAUGAUCGAUCCUCGCAAUCGCGAUAAGCGUUUCGCGCGUUUCCAUCCCGGCGACCAACGAAACACUGUAGAUAUAAUACACGUAUAUUAAAUACUAGAUACGUAAAAACGAACGAUCGUGCGCGAGAAAAAAGAAAGGGGAUGCAAAGUGUCCGCGUUGUUUUAUUAAAUUUGAGUGAAAAAAGAAGUUGAAAAAAGUCGAGAGAUAUGGAAAUAUCUGUUGACUUAGAGACGAACAAUGUACGAGUGUAAUUAAAAGAAUGAGAAAAAAGAAAAUAUGAACGAGAUAAAGAUACGAGGCAGGAAAAGUGGAUAUUGUAAGGGGGAAGGGGGGGAAAAGAAAACUAAUAAAUGGUAGUUAGAAGUUUAGAUAGAUAGAUGGAUAGCUAGACUGUUAGAUAGACAUCUUAGAUAGGCAGAUAAAUAGAUCGACGAAGAGAGGAAAGGUGAAGAUGAGAAAGAAAGAAUGAAGGAUCGUGGGGUGACUGGGGAUGGGGAAUUUAAAAGAGUUAUUAUAUAUAAAUAAAAAAAAGUUUAUAAAUAUAGAUAGGUGGAUAUACAUAGAUAGAAAUGUAAGUACCUAAGAGAAACUCUAAGGGAUCUUCUAGAAGAUGCUGUAACGUUGUACGAGGUAUGAUAAGUGGAUAUAAGUGUUUUAUGAUACUCGCGUACAAUAAGAUCGAGAUGAACAGUGGGGGAGUAUAGUGGUAUAAGAGCAUAAGAAGAUCAUGAAACAGAAGGAUACUACGAGCAUGAACGUAAAGCGUAUAUGAGUAUUAUCAAGCAGUUCACGAGGAAUAGAGAGAAGAAUGAGGGAAGAAACACAGACAAACGCGGCACGAUUUGUAAUUGUAUUAAUUGUGUCUAAGAUAUUUUCGGUCAUGUAUAAUAACUCUGUGUAUUGCAGGACUAUUAAGUGAAAAAAAGAUGAUUGUGAGUGACAAGAAGCUAGUGUGAAUGAAUGAAUGUUGAAGGAAAAAUUGAAUGAAAAAAGAGAUUGAUGAGAAAUAAACGGAAUCAAAGAAUGUAAAAUGCGAAAAUGAAACAACGUGAAUAAAAAUGAAUAAAGUCUGUUUUGAAUAAGAAACGGAUGAAAAUAGAGAAGUUUGAAGAUAGUUCGUUUGUUUAAAUUCGAUCAACGAAAAAAAUAUCUUAAAAGAGGAGAAGCAUUAAAAAAUGGGGCAUAUGAAAAAAGGUGCACUAAAAAAUGAACUGAUUAAAAAAUUAACAUUAUUUUUAGGAAAUUACAUCUUUAGAAGAGAUUUAAAUAAAUAGCGAAGAAGUAAGAUGGUUAGGUUUAAGUGCUAAGGAUAUUUUGGUUUCGCGCGGUGAAACUCUUCUGUGUUAGUAUACGAGUGAGAGAGAGAGAGAGAGAGAGAGAGAGAGAGAGAGAGAGAGAGAGAGAGAGAGAGAAGAGGAAAGAAAAAAAGGGGACAAACUCGAGAGGCAAAAGUUAAUCGAGAAAAAAGAGGAGAGAAAGUAUCAAAGGAAAAAAAUAUAAAAUGAAAAUAUAAUGGAGGAAGGGAAGAAGUAAUAGCAAGAGUAGAAAACAUUCACAAGAAGGUAAGAAGAAGAAAUAUCUAUAUUUUUAAAAAAGUGACCUUUGGCAUUUAAAGACUUGUAAAAAUCGUGCAACGAGUUAAGUAAAACAAAUAACAAUAUCAAAGAAAACAAAUAAGAAAAAUAUCAUCAGAAGAUACAGUAUAUUUAAGGGACAUUUGUCCUUCUUCGUGUCUCUAAUUUCAUUUUACACAAAUAUGCACACAUAAAAAUACAUAUAUAUACACGUGAAUACAUUUUAUGAAUAUCAAAAUACAUGAACAUAAACACACUUAUAAUAAUAUAUCUCGAGAAACAACCAAAGUUCGAACAGGCAAUUGGAUAAGCAUUUAUUGUCCUUCAUAUAUUGUCAGGAAAGGAACAAAACAUGACACGAUUCUUUCGAAACUAUUGAUAGCACACAGGUGCACACAGAUAAAAGAAAAAUGAAAAAAGAUAAAUUACACAUGCAAAUACCAAAAAACACAAACAUACUUUCAAGAAAAUAUCUUAAAGAGGGAAGAAUAGUGUUGUCUAUAAUGCAUCUAUUAAAUAUAUGUAACUAUAUAAAUACACAUUGGCGUCUUUAUCUCGGAUAUGAUAGAGAAAGAGAUAGAAAAAGGCGAGAUGAGAGAAACAGGAAAAUGAAUAACAGCAACACGAAGAAGAAACCAUCUCAAUGGAAAAGAAAGAAAUUCGGUUACAACGCAUAGGAUGAUAGCGGAAAUAGGUGAAUAAGAGUGAAUUGGAUAAAGAAAGGUAAAUAAUGCAUUCCGUUAGAAAUUCAUUUUUCACGAGGUAUGCGAGAACCAACAUUCAAAUCAUAGCAAUGUCAUUCUGCUAUGGGGCCUAAUCUAACACAAACUGAAACGAUUUCGGCUACAACUCGAUUUUCUGGUACUCGUCGCGAGGACGAAUCGCUUCUCGUCAGUUACAACGAGAUUCUCUUGGAACAAUUCGAUGGAUUUAAUUCUAAUAAAUUAAUUUAAUGGGAAUAAAUGAGGAUAAGGAUAAUACAAAGAGAUAGAUUGUUCCUCAAAGGAGUGAAAAAAUCGUGUCUCGAACCAGAAAGAUCGAGAUCAAAAAUAAAAAAAUGAUUCAACAAUCACCGCAUACUCAUUAUUAUCAUCCAACACUAUUCAUGGUAGGAUAUAAUAGUAUUUCUAGGGAUUUUAUACAGGUAUGCGACCGCGUUCUAUGUUUUCAGCCGCGAUUAACUAUCAUUGACGUUUCUUCUCGUACAUAAAAAAAAAAACGAACACGAUGUUUUAAGUGUAUUAAUUAUUACAUUAUAUGCAAUGAAGAGUGAACGGUGGGCGCGUGUGUGUAACCACGUGUUUUACGCAUGAAAUUAACCACAGAACGAGAGAGAGAGAGAGAGAGAGAGAGAGAGAGAGAGAAUUGAAACUGGAUAAAAGGAAGAUUGAACGAUGAGCAAGUGUAAUUUUUUUCUGAAAUUCUGUACCUCGUUGUGUAUACAUCUCUAAUUGUAUAAUUGUGAAUAUUAACAUAUUAUGAUAAUGUGAUUUAUUACGUGUGAUCCUGCGCGCAAAAAAACGUGAAGAACCUUUAAGCGAGUAUUUUGUAUUACGAUAAAGCGAAAUUAAAGAUAUAAAAAUGAAAAAAAAAAUGCGAGACUGAUUUGUAUGCUACAGAUGCAAAGAAAACAAGAAUUGAAAGAAAGAGAGAAAGAGAGCAAAAUAAUUGAAGACACAGAGAGAGAGAGAGAGAGGGAGAGAGAGAAAGAGAAGGAAAGGGAGAGAGAGAGAAAGAGAAAUUAAGCGAAUGAAGAGUCUUGUAAUCACAGCUUUUUUGCCGCUGGGAAAUAUAAUUAUAAUGAACAAGGAAUAUAUGUAUGUGUGUGUGUGUAUGUGUGUACGUUUGCGCAGCCGUCGCUCCUUUCUCUCAGCGUUAUUUCUUCCUCUUCAUAUUCUUCUUCUAUUUCUUCUUCUAUUAAUGCUGUGUUGUCUGCUACUUCUUCGUUUCCUCCUCGAGGUGACAUGUAAUCCCGGAAUCACAAAAUUAUUCAACAAAUCCUAAAAAGGGAAAUAAAUAAAUAAACAUUAUAAUUCUAUCAUAACAAAUAUAUCUCGAACGUGUUACGAAACGAAUACCCAACGAAACGAAUAUUUCGAUUUAUUCUCAUCGAAAUGGAAAAUUUUCGAAUCGUUUUCGCAUGAAAAAAAAAAAAAAAUACAGAGAGAGAAGCAUUCGCGCGAGUUUUGGCUCUAUAUCCAGCUGUAUCCGGGUGGUUAUCGAUCACCUCGUUGAGAAAACAUUCCUCGAUACCACUCUUCUUGAGACUAUCCAGCGAAGGUUGAUGCAGGGAUUGCGCCAAGCCACCCCCGACCCCUGUCGAAACGUCCACCCUUGUAUUCUCCAUGCUGCCGCCAUAUAAAUAACGCACACGAGCGCACCCCAUCGUGCCAUGAGAAUCGAGCGGAAAGAGCGUAUAGAAGCUCGAGAGAACGUGUACGGUGCGCGUGUUUCGAGAGCACGAUUAAGCUUGAUACACGUUUUUUAAAUUUAAGCGGGAUCGGGACGAAUAGGAAGAUCGACAGGAAAAAAAGGAGUUUCAUCGUUCGAAUAGUCUCAAUGAUCGUUCGUGAAUUAAACGCCGAACGAAUUGUAUACGAUUCUUAGGAACCUGUCCUUCGGUGACUCAUUAAUCAAAGAAAAUAAUAAUAAUAAAAGAAAUAAUAAAAGAAAGGCAGAAAGAAAGACGGAGAAAGCCAAAAAAAAAAACAUUUAGAUGAACAAAACGAACUAAUAGUAGAAAACAGAAAAAAAAAAAAAAUUAAACGAAGAAACAGAAACAUCCUUCCAAAGUAUCGGGGACUAAUUUACACGCCGCGACUUCCAACCAGUCGAGAUCUUCUAGUUUAUUUGAAAAAAAAAAAAAAAAAAAAAAAAAAGAAAAAGAAAAAAAAUUCUCGAAGACUCGACUCGUUUUGUACAACGGAAUUAGCGAAUACUCGUGUAACGAGUCUAGUAGGUGAUCACAUGUGAUAUUUGUAUCGGCUAUUAUUAUAUUAAUAUUAUAUAUAUAAAAAUAUAAAUGUAAUAAUUUUUAGAGUACUCCGUUAGGAUUACCGCUGAUAGUUAGGCGGAAAGAAAGAUCGUGUCGAAUAAAAGAACGAGGAAAAAAGGAAGAGAUAAGAGAGAAAGUGUGAGAGGACGAAAAAUGAACAAAACGAUCUCCUUUCGAGAAUCAAACGCCUAAUUAAUCUUUAAGCAGGCCUAUUUGCCGAUUCUAAAGGAAUACGUGAGAUUUAUCGAGGAUAACAGACUAAACUGCGCGGUCGUUCAUGAGAGUAACGAAUAGAUAUAUCUUUCGACACGAGAUUUUUGUAUUUUCCAUUACAUCCAAUAAUGACUUGAAAAUUUUCGUCGUAAAAUCGAAUCGAAUCUGUGCACCGUGCAAUCGUUCGAAGGCACGGAGAAAUACCGAUGAGUUACGUCCUAUGUACAAUCGACUGACACAUAUUCGUAUUUCGAAUUAUCCCUUAAGCAUAUUACUUCAUCGUCGAUCCCUGUUCACCAAUAUGACUUAAUGGUAUUUAUAGACGUUUGGUUUCAUAUCUUCGAAAGACUGUUGAACUUGAAUUUCGAAUUUAAACUGUUUCUCGCUAAACGAUCUUCGGAUUUCUAUCGUUAAAAUUAUCUUGAAAUAAAAUUGAAAAUUGUUACCUUUGUUGGUGAGUAUCGUUGUCUCAUAGACAAUUAUUAAUUAUACGCUGAAAGCGUAUCAUUCCUAAUACUAAGGUAACAUUUUUCGAUAUAGUCGAUGAUUCUGAAUAUUCUCGAAGAUUUGAAUCGAGUGUUUAUAGAUACUAUAAUCCUUGUCGGCGAAAUUUACUAAAUUCUAUAAAUUAUUGGAUACGAAAACAAGUUACAGAAAUUUGGUUGAAAGGAACGUGAUAGCUUGUUCUUCGCGUGUCUAAUUCUUUCUUUUCUUCUUCUCCUCCUUCUUGCUAUUUGAUCUAUUUGGUUCUCCGGUUCGUUUCCAACUUGAGGAUGGAAAAGAAAAGACAGAAUCAGUAUUUGAAUCAUAAUUAUCGAUCAACGAUCCGUCGUUUAAGGAAAUGAAAGGAGAGCCAGAAAGAUUUUUGAUACGAGAGAAAGAUCGCGACUGCAUGCACGUGAGUGAAGAACAAAGAUGUACAAAGAAGCUAAAGAACGAAUGCAUACGUAAACAGAGGUAUAACGUCUCGAUAGAAACGACGUGCCGUGAAUCAAACCAGACUAUCGGGUGGAUAUAUUACAAAGUGCGUAUAGUCAUAUGAGAAAGCUUAAAAAAAGAGAAAACGAGAAAGAGUAAGAAUGUAAGUGCGAAUUAGACAUUCUUUAUGAAUCUAUUUAAUGCAGAAUUUUUAAAUUAUUUUAUCUAAUCGCAGAGAGCCUUAAUUGCUAAUCCUUAUAUCAUUAAUAAUCGCUGCUAUAUUAUUAAUAUCGUAAGAGCUAUACUACCGCAUUGUUCUUGAAUCUUUUUCAACGUUACCUUUGAUUUUAUUCGUUCAUCAUGUACAAAUUCGAAGCCAAGAGCUAGAUGCUAGAUAAGCAAAGUUCCACGUACCGCGAACUUCGAGAAGAGACUCGAAAACGAAGUAAAUCGUUUUUGUAAAACGAAGAGUUACGCAAUCUAUGAUUAAAUAAUCGAUUGGUCGCGAAACGAUGAAAGUUCACGAAUGCAAAGGAUGCCUCGGCGAAAAUAUCGACGAGAGAAGACGUUCUUCCUGCGAAAUCGUUUUAAUUCGAUGUGUGUGCACGAAAUUGCUGAACGAUCGGUGAGAAACGCGAUUUAAGCGAUUAUGUAGAUCACCAUCGAUCGAGAAUAGGAGUUAAGAAAAUAUUUACGGAAGCGUGACGUGGAUGGGAACGAGGCUUUAUUUUUAUUAAUUUUCAUAGGCAUCCUUGAAUUUGGUCUCGUCUUGCGAAAUUCAUCGAACAUAUUUUCGUCAAUUAUAUUUUCAUUGAUCGUAAUAUUAUCGAUCUUUUAUAAAAAUACCUUCGCCAAUUGUAUUGUACUUUUGUCGAUUGUAAUUUCAUCGAUCAUAUUUUCCUUGUUAUAUUUUUGACGAUCGUACUUUCAUCGAUCGCACUCGAUCGAGAAGCGUCCAGAGCAUCGCGAUUCCCAUCGAUAUAAAUAAUAAAUAAUUGUUGUCUGCCUAGAAAUGAAUUUUUUGCGUUUGGCGCAUUCUUUUUUAUUCGGCUAACGGGGCGACCAGGCCGGCCGCGCUUUGUAAAUAAUUCAAUUAAUAAACAAAUUUCUCAUCGUG